GACGGCCGCCAUCGCCGGCGUGGACUACGUGCAGAUCGAGAUCGAGCGGACCGCGGUGGACCCGGCGCCACCGUGCUGCUACGUCCGCGCCAAGGACGCCGACAUUAAGGAGUGCCACGGCCCGAUCCAUGAUGUGUAGAGAAUGUAUCACACGUCGUCGUCCUCGUCGUCGUCUUCACCACCACUACCAUCAGCAACCGCAACAACAACAACAAUAUCAUCAACAAACAAUACGACAACAACAACAGGGACAACAUAUGCUGCCACGUUGCCACGACCCUCCUCCGGUGGCCACCACGGCCUUCGGCAUCAUCAGCAGCCGCCGCCACAACUCCAGCAUCAUGUUCUCCACCAGCAGCACCACUACAACGGUGGACCCUCGUACGGCACGCGGACUCAGCCGCCGCCUCAACUUCGGCAGUCCUCGUCCUCCACGUCGCUGGCAACACUGGCCGAUGCGCCGCACAGACUGAAGAAGAGCCACAAUCAAAACAGCAACAGCAACGCCAUCAUCAACAACAACAAUCCACAGUCGUCGUCGUCGCGGCCAGUCGUGUACCAGUCGAGCUCACAACUACAACCGCAGCCCAAGGCCGGGCCGAGACCCAGUUACGGUGCCUAUACGAAUAACACUUUACCGCGGGGGCCUUAUCUUCAGUAUAAGUAUAACAAUAUUAGCAGUAUUCCGAGCAGCGACAAUAACAAUGCCCAGCAACAGCAACAACACGAGCAGCAACACGAGCACCAAUCGAAGCAGAUCGAGGCACUGCGCAACGAAUUCCUAGAGCUGGCGGCCGCCCAACAACAUCGGCAGCAACUUCAACAACAAUCCGGCAACGGCGUUGCCGCGGACCGCGACUCGCUCCGGAGCACCAAGUCCGGCACGUCAACCGCUUCCUCGACGGCCACGGCGGCCACCGCGAUUGUGGGCUCCCUCGGGACCUACCAGCAUCAUCAACAUCAACAACACCACCAUCAACCGCAGCAGCAUCAACAGUUUCAUCAGCAACAAAAUCAACAAGGCUGUGCUAGUGUUAGUAAUAGUAAUAGUGUUCAUAGCAAUAGCAAGCGGCAUCACCACUACAGCAGCAGCAACAUCAACGUCAACCAUCAACAACAACAUUAUCAGCUGUCGCAGCAGGCGGCGGCGACGGCGGUGCAGCAGCAGGGAAGUCUGGAUCGGCGUGGCGGUGGUGGAGGAGGAGGAGGGAGUGGUCGCAGCGCGACCAGUGGAUACUGUUUGAACUACGUGACGCUUGCGGACGUGGUUGCACUGAAGCGGAUCAGUCAGCACGAGGGCUGGGCGGUGCUGUGCCAGUCGGUGCAGGCGUUGCAGGAUCUGUUUUUGGCGGACACCCCAUCGAUCACCAAAGUCCGGCCGCUGAUUUCGCCCACGGGGCUGCAAAUUACGUCCCGGGGCCGGGUCGUGUUCAACAUUGUGUCGGUCGGGCAGCCGCUCGAGUCGACGGAGCAGCAGCAGGGCCAGGAUGUUGGCUUUGCCAACAUGAAGAGCUACCUCUCGCCGGAGUACGUCAACUGUCUCGGCAAGAAGCUCAAGUAUGGCGAGUCGGACGUGGAAAAGAUGUGGAUCUACUCGCUCGGAGUGACGCUGCAGAAGACGAUUUCGUCCUUUUCCGUCAACCAUCAGCGCUUCGGUGGCAACGCGGCGGAAAACUACGAGCAGCAGCGCCGAUCCGCCGAGCCGGAAACGGAGGACGGACUGACCGCGCUGGACCACGUCAUUCUGGCCAUGUGCGAGGCCAACCUGUACAAGCGGGCCAGCUUGAUGUUCCUGCUGGAUAUAAUCUCCGACUACUGCAAGAACCACCACCUGUACAAGCCGUUCUCGCACAUGGUGAUCGACCUGUUCAAGGAGGUGGUCGCAUCGGUAUCAACGCGAGUCGACGUCAAGCCGUUCCAGCAACCCCGCACCCAGCUGCACAUCCAGCCCAAACAGAUGACCGAAUCGUACGAGGAGCAAAAAAGCGACACCGACUCGGGUCGCAGCUCCGACCACGGCGAGCUGGACGUUCAGCGAAACAAACCGGCGCAGCCGGUUGCACCGAUCAACUACGGCAUCACCAUCAGCGGGCACGACCUGGAGCAGGCCCGCUACUUUGGCUCGACGGCGAAUCUGCGGGUCAAGCGGGCGGAACCGCCCGUUCCCGCCGGGGACGCCAAGUUCCGGUCGCUGCCGCGACCAACUGAAUCCAGCAAGCUGGAACCGGCGCGGAACUACGCCACCAUCGGGUACUCCAAGAGCAUCCGGGCCGCGGAAAGCGGCGACCCGAAGAAGCUGCACGUGGUCCGGCGGAGGCACAACGAGGCGCUGCGGAAGCGGAACGACUCCCGCCGGAACACCAUCGACGUGACGAUGGUGGAGGUCAAGAUGGCCGAGGUACAGCAGCGGCAGGAGAUGAUGGGCCGGCUGCACCGGCUGAUCCCGUCCAAGUCGACCAACCAGCUGAACCUGCUGGACGACGGCGGGAACGACUUCCAGCGCAAGCUGGACGAGAUGAGCUUCAACGCGACGUCGAUGCCAAAUCUUGGCGCUCCGCUCGGUCCGAAAUCGCAAGCAAAUCUGAACCAGAACGAAGAUCGGAGGUACCAGCAGCACUACCCGAUGGGACGGUCCAGCAGUCGGAUUGACGGGAUGGAUGAGGUUGGAAGGGGUGGUUCGGAAGCUCCGGUGAUCAUGGACUCCUCCAAGGGGCCGGAGUUUGUGCGGAAUGCCCACGCACCGGCCAAGGUGAUCGAUUUGACGGAUGCGAAGACUCAGCACCGCCGAACCGUUACGAUUCUCCUUCUGAACGGUACCAAGGUGAACGUGCUGUGUAGUCCCACCACCACCGUGGCCCGCCAGGUCUUCGAGGCGAUCGUCCGGAUGGAGCAGCUGGCGGAGAACUUCUUCCUCGGGCUGUGCGCCCUCAUCGGCGGCGACUUUGUCUUCCUGCCGCACGAUCUGAAGAUCUACAAGGUCGCCCCCCAAAUCUGGGUCAACACAUCGAAGAAAUCUUCCGUACUCGGAGAGAACGUCGUUUUCACCCUCUAUCUUAGGAUAAAGUUCUUCCUGCCAACGCUGCGAGGCGUUAGCUGUCUGGAAUCGCGCCACCUGUUGUACCUGCAGCUGCGCAAAAGCAUCCUAGAACGGCAAGUUCUCUGCUCCGAGGACGACCUGAUAGCCCUUGGCGGACUCGCCCUCCAGGUCGAAGUUGGCAGCUUCAAAGAGCACAUGAAAUACGCCGAGUACUUCAGCAUCUCGCACUACCUCCCCGAGGAGGUCUACCGCAAAAAGAAGGAACUCGCGAAAUACCUGCGCAACUCGCACUUUUGCAAGCGCGGCCUGCACCAGCUCGAGGCCGAGCACAACUUUAUCCGGUACGUGCAGGAGCUGAAGGAGUACGGCCUCCAUCUGUACAGCGCCUCCUGGACCACCGAGGAGAACAUGACGCUGGAGGUGUACGUGGCGAUUUCGCUGUCCGGCGUGGCCAUCUUCGAGCGGAACCUCAAGUUCAGUCCCAAGUGCACCCAGCAGGAGUUUAGCAACGGGAAGAACUCCUACCAGCGCCACCUGUACGCGUUCUUCGACUGGCUGGAGAUUGAGAACAUUUGCUUCUCGAAGCACGUGUUUUGCGUGGUGGUGCGGCGAACGGAGAGCUUGAGCCCGAAGGAUAAGAGCCGCGUCAAGUACAAGCUGCGGAUGGACGGGAGGAAGAGCUACUUCGCCUUCAACCUCGCCUCCGAGCACCACAAGUUCUACAUGAAGCUCCGCAACUCGUUCGUCUCGAUCAAGGCCCUCUCAGGCGAACUUAACAUCCCAAUCCACGACCCCGGCCGAAGCGCCUCCUCCACCGACGGCGCUCCCCCCAAGGCCAAGCUGGACGUGGCCCAGGUGGACGGCGAGGCCGCCUUCGACGCCAAGCACGUGGACAAGAUCGACAAACCGUUGAAGUCAACGGGGUUGAGGGUGCGCAACUUGAAGAAGUCCAUGCUGAACGACAACCGGUUGGCGAAGUUGCGUCAGAAGUUUCUGCUGAAGCGGUCGAAAUCUUCCGUUGAGGGGCCUGCUCCGGCGGCGUUGAACCAGUCGGUGGAGAUUGCCAACCAGCAGAAUCAGAACAAGGAGAAUGAGAACCCGGCUGGGUUUGGGGGGUCGACGCUGGGGCUUGCGACGGCGGAGGUCGUCAGCAUGUCGCCGGACAACUCGCCGAAGAACACGCACAGCAUGAACCGGAACCGGGUCAAGAUGGGGACGCGCGUCUUUUCGACGCAAUUUUUGAACAAGUCUUUUGACAACCUGUACGAUCACGCUGGGGGGGCGUUGAGUUCGGCAAACUCGUUUCAGAACUUGGCCAACGGGAGUUUUAAUGAGGAUGAGGAGGAGGACGACGAGGAGAUGUUUAGAGGUUAUGAGCGGAAGCAGGCGGACCGGAUGAUGCGGGAGAGCAGCGUGGACGAUGCGCUGUCGAUGAAGAGCAGCAUCGGAGGAUCGAUGUACUUUAUGGAGAAGAUCGAGGAGAAGGAGCUGGGAGGAGGUAGCGAGGAGACGCUGUCGCCGAAGGCGUGUGUCAUUCAGUCCAGCAUCCGCAGCGAGAGUGGCCACUUUGACCUGCCCAACGAAACCAUCUCCGACACGCUGCUGGAGAAGUUCAACAACCUGAGCUGCAGCGCAGCGAUCAACGACCGGAUCCUAACCUCCGUAAUCGUCGUGAAAGAUUUCAUCAACCCAAACGAGAAGCAAUCCGCUUCUUCCGCCCUAGCACGGAAGCGAUCGUUCCUGUCGCGGAGUCAGGAGUCGGUGCUGUUUCGGAGCGGGCCCCGGUUGACCCCGUUUGGUGGGGACGAUCUCAGCUCGGACGGGGGGAUCGCCGAUUGUGGGAGUAGCGGGGAGGAUACGCGAGGGGCGCGGUACACGCUGGGGAUCAGUAUCGUGCAGGGCGCGGACAAUAACGUGUACGUGAAGGACCUGGUGCCGAACGGGCCGGGGGCGAGAGCUGGCGUGCGGAUUGGCGAUCAGAUCAUCGCCGUCGACGGUCGCUCCUUGCUGAACCUCGCCUACACCGAGUCCCUCACCGUGCUCCAGAACACCGGACGAACGGUCGAGCUGGUUCUCUCCCAGGUCUACGUUCGUCCCGCCCUCAGCUCCAGCACCCUCAACAUCAACCAGCAGCACUCGUCGAUCCACCAGUCGAUGAACAGCUUGAACCACUUUCCACCCCUUCCGGACGAUCUCUACCCCUCAAAGCUGGACGCGGUUCGCAUGGCCACCGCUUCCGUCGCCAAAUCCAACAGUUUGUACAUAAAGAACGGUCAGACGCAGCCACCGCAGCCGCAGCCAGCGCGAAAAAGCUCACUGGCAAAACCGUACGACGACAUCGGGAACCACUUCGAGGCUAUUCGGUCGUACUACCAGCAGCAGAACCAGGCUCCGGUCCAGGACGACCGGAAGGUCGCCAACCAGCAGCAGCGGUACACCAAAAACGUGGCGGACAUCCUCCGGACGCGGAAUCGGGCGAACGAACUCCCUGUGCAAGGAACGCUCAGCCCGUCGAAGAGCAUGCCCGAUCUGCCAAAGAUUCUCCAAGCGUACAGCAAGCCAACCUCGGUCAGCCCCACCGGCUCGGCCGGUUCCUCCUCGACCCUCUCGUACGGCAGCAACCGGACGCAGCCCAAGUCGCUGCCGCCGCCCAAAUCGAUGGCGACGACGCUGAUGAUGGGUGCGUCGUCCCGCCGGUACAACGGCCCCGUUCGCUUCCCGGUGACGCCCGCCAAGGACUGCCUACGCACGAUUGCGGCCCAUCCGGCCGGCAAGGUGCAGCUCUCGCUGUCGAACGCGUCCGAUGAGGGGCAGGUGUUUAUCUAGGUCUCCUCCCGCCGCUGAAGAUCCCCAAGCUCAAAAAGCUCAAACAGUGGAACGGCGCCUCCAUCCUGAACCUGCAGCAGCUGAAGAACCUCCCGUCGCGAACCCGAAACGUCGGCACGGUAGCUUCCGUCGUC